AUGGUCAUCCUGAGCUACUCCUGUGGGCCUUCCAGAUCGGCUUGGGUUGAGCAGGUGGCCUACAUGAGUCUCAUCUGCAGCAGCUGCUGGGAAGCGUUUAUAGGCCCCUUUUCUUCUAUAGUCAUGGCAGCCGAACUAUCAGAGAUCAUCGGCUUGAGCUGCUUCGCGGCGGUCGCGCUCAAGAAAGGCAACCGAAGAUGCUGGCAAUUGAUUGGGACGGCUGCGUCUGCAAUCUUCGUAGUGGUCAUCGCCGCUACCGGGUACGUCCUCUUAUGUGGGGCUGGAGUGGCGGCUCUUGCCGCUCUCGCAUGGGUGUGGUACUUGACCUAUUCAGUGUGCGAAUGCUGGGACAGACGGCAGCAACCUUCCCAGCAACGUUCAGCUGUUCAACUGACAGCCCGCGACGACACCCAACAAGAAACUGAAGCGCGCCUGACGCACACGACUUCUUCAGGCUCCUUGCCGUCGCAGCAGUCUCUUUCCGUCUCCAACUUCCACAACAACCUCAGCCGCUACCCACGUACUGUAUCAGUGCUGGGCUUCGCAGUGUCCUGCUCCGCCGCGGGGAUGUUGGUAUGGAAGAGAACACUCCCGGCCGUUGAAGGCUUCGACAGCUCCACAGUCCCAAUUUGGAUAUAUUUCACGGCCGUCUUUGCAUCAGGUAUUGUUGUCUUGAGUGUAGUUUUCGUCCGGCUCACAAGAGCGUGA